AUGUUGAGCAUACAGAAUCGCCCUCUUAAAGCAAUCGUAAUUUUCGUCAUUAUCUUUUUAGUUUGCAAUCCUUCCUCUCUGGGUCUGAGUAACCAUGAGCUUUCUGAUCUCAACUUCAACGCCUCAUCCAGCUUCAGUCCUUUCGCGCCUCGUGAUGCGAGGCUAUACGCGAACACAUCCUGGGCUAACGAGGGGUACUCUAGCGAAGAAUUCCUACAGAUUAGUUUCCACCCCUACUCAAAGCUUAUUACAGGUGUGGCUACUCAGGGAAACCCUCAUCAUGAUUGGUGGAUUUAUCGUUACUAUCUCCAGUACAGUCUAGAUGGUUUUACGUGGUCAUUUUACGAGGUUGCAUCAUAUCCCGGAUCACGAAAGGUGAGAUAGCGUGAUCUGUAUACAAACUUGAUACGAGACAGCAUUAUUUAUGCAUAUUCGUUUCGAGGGUUCUCUCCUACUCGUCACAGGUCGUGACGGAGAGAACUCUGGAAACGAGUUGUGACGAGAGUAGGGGCCUUAAGCAACUACGGAAAAAAACAAUUGGUUUUAUGAGCAAAACAAAAGCUCUGCACGUGCAUCAGGAUUUUAGUACAUUUCUUUGACGUCCACUGCACGACUACGACGUGAAACCUCCCAAUGCGACGUUUUAUGGAGGACGUGGACAAACGACGACAAAUUUCCCUUUCUCUAUUUGAACAUGGAUGAAGCCCUUAACAAUUCAUCUCUAGGAAAAGUCGCCUACAAUUGACGAAUUGAGCGGCUCCAAAUAGACGCGAUAAAGUUUGAAAGGACGCAAAUUCNUCUGCGCACAGGCUAGUAAUCGACGAAAUGAUUUUUUUCCAGCAAAUGUUGAGCAUACAGAAUCGCCCUCUUAAAGCAAUCGUAAUUUUCGUCAUUAUCUUUUUAGUUUGCAAUCCUUCCUCUCUGGGUCUGAGUAACCAUGAGCUUUCUGAUCUCAACUUCAACGCCUCAUCCAGCUUCAGUCCUUUCGCGCCUCGUGAUGCGAGGCUAUACGCGAACACAUCCUGGGCUAACGAGGGGUACUCUAGCGAAGAAUUCCUACAGAUUAGUUUCCACCCCUACUCAAAGCUUAUUACAGGUGUGGCUACUCAGGGAAACCCUCAUCAUGAUUGGUGGAUUUAUCGUUACUAUCUCCAGUACAGUCUAGAUGGUUUUACGUGGUCAUUUUACGAGGUUGCAUCAUAUCCCGGAUCACGAAAGGUGAGAUAGCGUGAUCUGUAUACAAACUUGAUACGAGACAGCAUUAUUUAUGCAUAUUCGUUUCGAGGGUUCUCUCCUACUCGUCACAGGUCGUGACGGAGAGAACUCUGGAAACGAGUUGUGACGAGAGUAGGGGCCUUAAGCAACUACGGAAAAAAACAAUUGGUUUUAUGAGCAAAACAAAAGCUCUGCACGUGCAUCAGGAUUUUAGUACAUUUCUUUGACGUCCACUGCACGACUACGACGUGAAACCUCCCAAUGCGACGUUUUAUGGAGGACGUGGACAAACGACGACAAAUUUCCCUUUCUCUAUUUGAACAUGGAUGAAGCCCUUAACAAUUCAUCUCUAGGAAAAGUCGCCUACAAUUGACGAAUUGAGCGGCUCCAAAUAGACGCGAUAAAGUUUGAAAGGACGCAAAUUCAUUUUUUUAGUGAUGUUUUCACUGCCGUUGUCGUCGUUGCUGCUUAAGCUCCGUAGUAUCAAACUCGGCCUCUUGUUGGUACCCUUGCCCUGACAAAAAUAAAAUGGUGGUCCCUCUUACAAGUUAUUUUUCGUCGAUCUUUUUUAAAGAGGAUAUUUUUUCAACCGCUAUUUUCAUAUUUUUUUAGAACUCAAUAGGAAGCUUAAGCAACGACCACGGCGACGACAACGAGAAUGGCAAAAAAGCAAAAGGUUUAGAUUGGCAAAACAACAACACGCCUUUUUGUACAUUUUUUUGCCGUUAGUGCACGACUACGAUGUGAAAAUGCCUAAUUUCACUUUUUUGGAGAACGUGAACACAAGACAACAACUUUCUUUUUAUUUUCCUGAAAUUCGAGACAGUCCUUGAAAAAUUCAACCUCAAAAAAUUUACCAAAAUUUGACGAAUAGAACGAGAUGGAAUAAGCGCGAUAUAGUUUGGACCUGCGGGAGUUCACAUUUCAAGUCCAAGCUCCCUAUUAUUUCACCCGCACAGUCAAUUGGUUCUUCACGGUUAAGUGUUUCGAGUUGCGAUCGGUAGGGCCUGGGAAGUUGCUCUUCUUUAGGGGGCAAACUGAGAAGCCGAUGAAGUCUCUAGCCCGAUCCUUAUACCAGGUGUGAUCAAUGGAUGAGCCUUGCUCCCCUAGGUCGAAGCACGGAUGCACGGGGACGGGGGGGAUCAAUAUAGGUUUCUGGGAAACUGCCCACCUACCCCUCCCCUUACCCGACAUUUUGCCCUAGGUGAGAAGUAAGUGUUUAUGUUGACUUAGGGGAGGGGUAGGUGGGCAGUUUCCCAGAAACCUAAAUUAAUCCGGGGGGAUCACUUAAAUUUAACUUGUUCAUCUAAAAUGUUGAUAAGCACCAUUUCACUAAAACAAAAGGCUGGCACUUCGUCAAAGGGCUGAUUUAUUAUAGGCCAACAUUUCGGCUAUCAAAAUUAGCCUUCCUCAGGGCCAGAGCUAUACCGAGAGAAAAUAUCUUUUUUUUGUUUACCAUUUCACUGUUCUGGUCCAAAUUAAACACCACCUUUUCGCCGUUUAUGAUGUUCUAGGAAUUCGUUGGCAACACGGACAGGAAUACUGUGGUAACAAACCAGCUCCAGCGCCCCAUCCGAGCAAUGUACUUACGGAUUGUACCAAGGGCUUGGCAAAAUAAGGUCGCCUUAAGAGUGGAAGUCUACGGUUGUAGCUGAAGCCAACAUAUUAUGAGAAGUGAACGGACGUCCGAUAGGGACCAUGCCUGUCACUUAAAUUCCUUUUGAAAGUGAAAGGAUCGACAAAGUUGUCGUAGUAUCUAAACAGAAGUUUGAAAACAAGUUGUAGUUUCAUAACCUUCUUUAGCCAUGGUUUACCAAGGUUUACCGUGUUGGUAGUGGUCUAUACCGCUACUCACAGGAUAGCCUUUGGCAGACAUGCAUU